AAAUUGUGGUAUUUUUACAACACUUAAUAUCAAAAUCACCGGCAGAGUUGAAUAGCUUUAAUCGAUAUUUCGAUAAGAUACUUAAAUGCACUUUAUUUAUUAUUUCUGAUCUUAUGGACUUAAGUUGGCGCUUUACUUUUUUAUAAAUGGAGGGUGGAUGAAUUUAGUACAUCUAGCAAGCUAUCAACGACGUACUUAGAACGAGACAAGUGCAAAAAGUGUAAAUUUAAUACAAGUAAAAAAGCAGUGUGACCGCCGUGGAUCAAGAGAGUCUGAGAACAAUCGAUGCUGCCGAUUUGCUCGAUAGUGUCAGCUCUAAUAGCCACCUCAUCUUUGUCAGCCGUAGAUUUUACUAUAUUUAAAUUCGAGAAAUGGCGAGGGCAGCGUUUUUCCUGUGCCUGCUGAUGGCCUGCGCCUGGUCCAGCCAUAGCGUCAUGUUCCACUUGCCGCCAAACACGCAGAAGUGCCUCAAGGAAGACAUCCAGGCGAACCAACUGGUCAUGGGCGAAUACGAGGUGUCUGACGUGCCCGGCCAAAUCAUCGACUACAUCGCCCGCGACACCAAAGGACACAUCCUGUCGCAGAAGGAGCACAUCACCAAGGGCAAGUUCAGUUUCAUGUCAGAGGUAUACGACGCCUACGAGAUAUGCUUUAUAUCCAAAGUGCCUGCACAUCAACGCGGAAUAUCUCAGGAAGUUUCGCUGAACACCAAAAAGGGUGUGGAAACCAAGAGCUACGAAGGCAUUGGUGAAGCCAGCAAGCUGAAGCCCCUGGAAGUUGAUCUCAAGCGAUUGGAAGACCUCUCAGACUCUAUUGUUAGGGAUUUCGUACUUAUGCGCAAACGGGAGGAGGAGAUGCGCGACACCAAUGAGAAAACCAACAGCCGGGUCCUUUUCUUCAGCAUCUUCAGCAUGUGCUGCCUGCUCGGCCUGGCGACGUGGCAAGUGCUGUAUCUCCGUAGAUAUUUCAAAGCCAAAAAACUCAUCGAGUAGAAUUAGUCGUCGCUUAGCCGUAGUCCUUUUGGGCGUGGAAGUGCGUUUAAAUAUUGCCUGGUUUAAAAUUCAUCAUCUCUCCUUUUAGCGUUUUUCUGAAAUAAAUGCAACUACCACGUA